GACAAUUCUCGGCAUCAUAAGGUAUCUGAAACCUGCGCCGAAAACCACGUGCCUCACACGUUAGCUCGUUGAUUGGUCGUCUCUCGGCAGCGGCGGCGUUUCAGCCAAUGAGCGCCGGGCCCGCCGGCCGCCGCCGCGGGCGCUCGGCGUUUUAUUUACGCCCGCCACUCGGUGCUCGGAACGGCGGCCGAGCGGUCUGUGUGCUGUGUGUGAGUGGUCGCGGCGUGCUCAACUGUUCGUCACCGGGCUAUGGAUGGGUUUGUGAGUCUGGCCAAAAACGAGCAGUUCAAGAGCAACAUUUUUAACGGUUUUUCGAGGGAUACUGUAGGAAGCUCGCGGGACUGCGGCCUUGUCGAUUCGUGCUCGCCGUACUAUCGGUCCUACCUGCGCGCCGUCCGGUGGCUGGCGGAGCAGUGCGAGUCGUUCUACGGAGAUAGCCAGUGCAGCGGUGUGGACAACUUCAUCAAGGACAUUAUGUUUGGCAAAAUUUCUCCAAACAACGAAGAUUACGUUGUGCUAAAUUCACAUCUCCCUCCGAACGAGCGAAACGGCGCUGGACCCGGCAUUUGGCUUGAAGAGAAAACGGCCCGUUUAGUCCGCGAGGUUCAACGUGACUAUGAUUUGAGGAAUGAUUCAAAGUACUUUGGACAAUUUACAGCACCUUGUGGUCGCAACUUGGAUGAGAUUCGCAACCAGUUUUACGUUGACUGUUACUCCGAGUGUGUUCAGCCGCAAGGCUCACGUAUGAAAGCAAACACGACCGAAUGCGUACCGGUGCCUUCUUCUGAACACGUGGCCGAAAUCGUCGGGAAAAAGGGUGGGAAGAUCAAGAACAUUCGUGCCGAAACGAACACCUACAUCAAAACGCCGAAACGAGACGAAGAGCCGGUGUUCGUAAUCACAGGUCGGAAGGAGGACGUGGCGUUCGCCAAGCAGAAGAUCCUGGCGGCGGCCGAACACUUCAGCCAGCUGCGCGAGGCGCGCCGCCAGAACCCGGCCGGUCCAGCGCCCGCCCUCGGACCGCCCAAACGCGAGGGCGAUGUCACCGUCUCCGUGGAGGUGCCGUACGAGUUUGUGGGCCUGGUGGUGGGUCAGAAGGGCGCCACCAUCAAACGCAUCCAGCAGGACACCAACACGUACAUCACGACGCCGUCGCGCCGCCACCGGCCCAUCUUCGAGGUGGUCGGGCAGCCGUGUGACGUGGAGACUGCGCGGGAGGCCAUCACGGCGCACAUCAGCAGCCGCGUCGACAAGUUCCGCAGCGAGACGGCGGCGUCUGGCGGCGGCAGCGGUGGUGGCGGGUCGUUCGGCGCCCCGUCGGCUCUCUCCUUCCUGGGAAUGAGCGAGCCGACCACAUACCGACCGCCGGCGGCCACCGAGCCGACGCCGCUCUUCGGAGCCAUGGGCGACGCCAAUCUGGGCGGAACGUGGACCGGCGUGCCGCCGCCGGGACCUCCGCCCCCGCCCAAGCAGCCGCCACCGCCGUUCUCGGGCCCGGCCGACCCGCUGGCGGGCCUGAGCGCCUCGCUGCGCGGCCUCUCGUUGCCUGACUCGGCGGCGGCGGCGAACUGGGCCGUGGACGCCCGAGGCCGGACGGCCAGCCUGCCAGCAGCCGACCCCGCGGACGCUCCGGGCGACCGGCGCCGCUCGGACGACGCGGCGGCUCCGCGCGCGCUGGGCGGUCUCCUGUUCGGCCUGCCGCCGACGCUGGGCUGGGAGGGCGGGCCGCUGCCGCCGGCGCGCCGCGCCUCCUCCAAGGGAUCCUCGGAGACGCUCAACUCUGACUCGGGUGUGGAGACGGCCACCCCGCCUCCGCCGCUCGACGGCGCCGCCUUCGGUCCGAUCGGCUCCAAACGCACCAGCCCGACCAGCCUCUCUGGCUGCUCUGAGUGACCCUGCCGGCUCGCUGGGCCGACCGGCCGACCGACUGACCUGACUCGGGUCAGACGGCUGCGCGGGUCACUAGCGGCAAAGAUCGUCGCAGUUUGAUCGCUCGACGAGAGCCACGCACAAAGACGUCGGACCGAAGUCCGGCGGACUGACAAGUUUUACUUUUGACUCUGGUUUGUAGAAUACUCCUUGACCUGCGCCCCGUUAAUCGACCACCGUGGCCUCAGCCCCUGCCGCCGCCGCUGGCGCCUCCCCGGCUCGGCGCGACGCAGCGGCACGCGCCUCCCUGCCGUCGGGGCCGGGCGCGCUGGCGUCUGGCGCGUCGAUAUUUCUGUCUUGGCCGGCUGGCGGGCGGCCAGCGUUCUCCCCUUCCAUCGAUCGCGGCCGGUCGGCCCGCGGUGCCGUCGCGUCGCUCCCGAUGGGCCCACAUAUCGCCGCCGCCGCCGCCGCCGCCGUGGGGCGGAGGUGGGGGAGGGGUGCCGGGGACGGCGAGAGCCGCGCCGCGCCGCCGGCACGGCGGCCCCAGUGCGUAUUGUAGAGCACAAACUAUUUUAUUUUCCUACAAAACUAGUAUAUGUUGCGUAUGUCGUGAGUAAGGGCGAGAUUAUUUUCAUACAGGGAUGUGAGUCAGUGUAGAAAUGUAGAUGUUUAUUUUUGUGAUAAUUGCUCCACACGAGCUUGGUUGCCAGUGAAAGAUUUAGUCUUCCAAAAUUGGUGUGGCAUACCUUUGUGUUGUCCGUUUAGGUGUCCAGAGUGGCAUUACGAUUGGAGUUUGUAUCUUAGAGUAACGAUAGUACGCAGUGCCCUGUGUUCGUGGCGUGGGUCCUCCCAGUAACUUCGCCUUUUGUACUUUUUUACAUUGUUGACGCCUAAAGCACGACAAUGGAGUUAUUUUGCACCACCGUGGACUCAAACGGCAAUAACUAGGCCUUCAUUGCUUCCCAAAAUAUGCAAAUAUCGUCUAAUUCAGCCGGGAAUCAAAGUGUGGCAGUCUGACCGCGGUUUGUCUCGUGGCGGCCAGGUCGGUAGCUCUGCAUGUGCGGUAGUGAGCGUCCUCUCUCUCCUCUGCGGUCCUCGGGCCGUGACUUGUCUGUCUGUCUGCGGGCCGUGUGUCCGGGGGGCUGUCCGUGAGUCGGCUGGGGCCGCACCCGUGCCGUCGCGGCCGACAGGGCAGGGUGGCGGGGUCGUAUCGACCGCGGCGAGGGGACGCGUCGACACGAUCCAGCGCGGCCACCGACCGACCGCUCGGCGCUCACUGCUCACCGGACAGCCCCCCGGCCGCGGCCGCGCCGCUCCUGUACAUACUCCCCGACAGCUAGAGUCGAUGUGAAAGUCUACUGAAUGUUAGCGGGCGUUGGUGGCCAGUCACCCUUCCACAUGAUCAACGAGUAAUACGCUUGUGUAGCUGUUGAGGCGCUGUAGGCCCCAACUAGUACCUGAUAAUAAUUUAUCGUUAACCAUUGAGUGUCGAGAUGUCGACCCACAUAAUACUCCACUAUAUUUAUAUGUAGUUAUAACUUAUAUCUAGCGGCCAUUAAUGCACAUUCCAUGGCUAUUCUAAAACAAUUUAUCGAACAAAUAUCUAUAUUUAUACCGAGGAUGUUAAAUUACAUAAUAAUGCAAUACCGAUGUUGGUCGUAGAGUCUCACCUUGUACAUAACACCCAUUGUGACUUACUUAGAUAAAUGAUAACUUCAUCCCAUUUUCAACCUAUGAGGCCACCAACGCCCUUGGUAUGUGCGUUGUGAGAGGUUUGGUUGUACAAACUUGCUUUUCGGUGUAAAAGAUCUUGCUCAGUUGGACAGCAGGGUUUGAGGCAUGCCAUGUUAAACCUUGCAUAUAUUUUAUUACUGAUGUCGAAUGUAUUUUGGAGCAUCUACUACACGGUUUGAACCGAGUGUACUUAUAUUAAUGUGUGUUGAUUUUUCACAUUUUGCUACUGUUUUAUUUUCAAGACAUAAUACAAUGUAAAUUCUA